ACAGCAAGUAUAUUGACUCUUCGCAGGCUUUCUCCAAUGUAAUCGCUACGACUUAGAUGCAAGAUUGAUACCAACUUUUCAACCUGGCUCUCUGAGAGUUUUUGGCAUCUAGCGAUUCAUAAAUUAAGUGAAUGAGCGCUAUUCUAAUCACCUUUGGAGCAGGUAUCUUGUAUAUGGGAUAUCGGGAUUGUUUCAAGCAUUGUUUGAGUUCUUUCAACUCCACAGCAUUCGAUGACUAGAGCUUUCUAGAUGGAUAGUUCGAGGCUCAGAGAGAUUUUAGUUUAUUCAGAUCAAAUAUUGAUUCUGAACAGAGAGCAGCCGACCAAGAAGUCGAUUGACUUCGUGUGAUCUUUGGAGAUGUUAGAAGGAAGCUUGGGAAUGUCCUUCCACAGCAUAAAUAGUUGGCCAAUCUGUACAGAAAAUCUGGAAAAGAUUAGGACUCGGUGCAGAACGAGGCGUAAGCAGUAUGAAGGUCAACUUUCGUUGUCACCAACAGACGCCAGAGGAAAUCCACCGGAAGCCAGAGAUGAUUCAGGGUCUAGUUCAGCUCCACAAAGACACACUCUCCCAAAUGCUCUGCUUGGCCGUGGAAAUACUGUGGGCAUAAUUGGAGGACCAUCUGUGCAUUCUACGCUAGUCUUCUUGGAGAAGCUUGUCUUGUGGAGCUCCAAGGGCGGGGAAGAAGGCGUCCCUUUUGUGGUCUGCAGUGACCCAGCAUUAAAGAAAGACCUUUCCCUUUCUAGUCCACUCCACUCGUCGCGCGGAAGAAAAGUCUGCUCAGAGUUAAAUAAAGACGCAGUCAUUGAAAACUUGCGGAGAAAGAGAGCAAUUCUUGAGGACGCAGGAGCGGGGUGUAUGGUUAUGCCAUGUCACUUGUGUCAUGUGUGGUAUGAGGAGGUAUCUGGAGGGUGUGCCUUGCCAUUCCCUCAUGUGGGCGAAUGCGUAGCAAGGGAGCUCAAGAGGGCCAAGUUGAAGCCGCUUGAAGCUGGAAGUGAUGUACGAAUUGGGCUGCUAGCGACCGAGGCUGUUUUGAUGAGUGGCUUUUAUCAAGAGCAGCUUCAGAGGCAGGGAUUCGAAGUCGUGCUGCCUGACAAAGCAACAAUGGACAACAUUUACAUUCCCGCAGUUGAAGCAUUUCGCAGGAAGGACAUCGAAGGGGCGCAAAACCUCUUAAGAAUAGCCAUCCAAAUCCUCCUAAUCAGGGCUGCAAACACCGUAGUCCUCGCUUCUGACGAAAUGCAGGGUCUUCUGCCUCGUGACGAUCCUCUUCUGAAGAAGUUCAUCGACCCCAUGGAUGCAUUGGCGAGGUCGGCAAUAGCAUGGGCCAAAUCUAAACGGAAGAAACCUACAUAAGCAAGAACUCUUAGAGCGAAACAGGGCCAAAAAUGACUGCCACAAGAAAAGAUCAGGAUGACAUGCAAUCAAAUGCUUGAAAAGCUUGAGAUGAUGUGAAGAGCAGCAGGCUGCAUAUCGUGUCCUCUUAGGAACCUCCUCUUCAUAAGUAAGUCGCUGAUUUUUUCUGGGCUUCCACGUCUAAUAUUAUCUGUAACUCUGUAACUGGAGAUGGAUGCAGAGGGAAUACUUUGGUAAGGGACAGCCCCCAA